AUGGCAAUCAACAGAAGGAUCCUGUUUUCCAAUGCAUGCUUUGCGGUGGUGUUUUUUGUCGUCAUUAUUCUGUGCCAAUUUGUCGCCUGCGCUCCUAUUGAUAAAAAGAAUAUUAUCCCCGAAAGGAUCUCGGUGCAGCUAUCUGGUGUCGAAGAUGUUGAAAUUAAAUUUUCCACUUAUCACGAAAAGCUCCGCAAUACACUCAUGCUCGACUUGCCCGAAUUACCUGAAAUACCCGAAUUGCCUGAUUUACCAAAAUUACCCGAAUUACCGCUCAAAGAUGUAGCCAAAAUUUUCAUCGUUCUCAUUAUCGCAAUAAUCGGAAUGGCAUUUCUUUACUACUUUCCUAAAGCCAUCAUUGUUGGAAUUGUCCGUUUAUUAGGAUUCGGCAUUAAGGGAAUAGUCAAAGGAAGUUUUGCAGCCUUUUAUAUGGCUCGUUAUGGUGGUAAAGUCGCAGUUAAUAGCGUUUGUGCUAUUCUACAAAGUAUUGGUGCUCGUGGUCUAUAA